AUGGUUGAAUGCCAGCCCAGUGGUAAAAAUACCACGGUUGAACGGGUUCAGAUCAUCGACCUUGAGAAUGCCGCUUACCUUCCCAAAGGCAGAUGCAUCAAAGGUAUGCUUGCGGGCAAUGACAAUUGGCGAAGUCCUGAGGCGCACUUCAAAGGCGAGCUUAAUAAGCCAACGGACAUUUUCUCAUUUGGGGUUGUCUGCAUCCACGCUAUGCUCGGGCGGGUCAUCUUCGGUCCUGAUGAGGAUUUUAGAAAACAUCAGACUCAGGGUGCACUGCCUGCUCUCAUUCGCCUGCAACGUCAAGUGUCGUACUUUGGACACUCGGAGGGAAUCAACGCCCUUCUGAAGCACAUUGCCGAUGAUGAGAUCAGUUGCCAGGUCCUGAGGAUGCUAUGGGAUGGAAGGUCUGACGAACACAUCCCAUACAAACCAUUCUGCAAGUGGCCCGAAAUCGUCGAUCCGAUAUUCAAAGAUCUCAUUCAACAACUCACAAAUCUGGAUCCGACUAAACGAAUUACAGCAUGCCAGGCAUUGGAGCAUCCAUGGUUCCGCGAUUACUAG